ACAUUCGUUUUCAGAGGAUCAAGAUGUCUGGACUUCUGCGGGGAAUUGCUCGUGUCCGCGCCGCCCCGGUUCUGCGGGGAUCAGCCAUCCCCCAGCGAGCCAACAUCACCACGCGCCCCGCCAAAGAUGCAUUCGGGCCCGUUGAGACAAUAGUUGGUCUGACCAUGUUUUCUCUUACCAUCCUGGGACCAUCUGGAUGGGUUCUGGCCAACCUGGAAAACUACAAAAAGAAGGAUGCUGCUGAGUGAUCCACUUGUCAUGGACUGAACGCAGUUUGUCUGGUUUUAUUGCUUUUAACAUGUCGGGACCACCAUCUCACAGACCUCCAGCUUACCUAAUCAUCAGUCUCCUUUGAGCCACCCUGCUACCUCUCCAUGUGACCAUUUACUGUCCUCCAGACACUCUUUACACUGAGCUGUUUGCUCCCUCUUACCAACUGUGUGAUGAUAACGUAAUCAUGGGUGAUUCAGUUCUCCUUACCUGGAGCUGUUACUGUUGAAAUAAACCAUUAUUUAAAUCUUAAAA